AUGCCAUCACCAAAUCCCGUGACUUUCUCAAAAGCAGCUUCUACAAAUCAACAAAUCAACUCGAAGCUUAUUUAUCGUCGUACUUCUGGUUUACCGGAACAAGCUGAGGACUCAUCUUCUAUAGUGGAUAUAGUAUUCGUAGCUAUCAACAAGAUGAUGUUUGAUGAAUAUAAACCUUCAUUGGUGUUGGAGAAUAAGGCCAGUGUUGCUAGAGAUCAUUUGGCGAAUGAAAGGACAUUUUUAGCUUGGCUUCGUACUUCCCUAUCAUUCGUAGGAAUCGGUGUUGCGGUCACACAAUUAUUUCGAUUAAAGGGAGAAUCCAGUUUUGGCAUUGUUAGAUAUUUUCAUUCUCAAUAUUUAAUGACAACGGGUCAUUUUCCUGCUAGUAGAGGUAGUGUACUAGUGGGUACUAUACUAACUAUAUUAUCCUUGACUGCUUGUUUUCUUGUUAUCAUAAUUGAUAAUUAA